UCUACCCAUCUACCCUUCACGCUGCCCGUCACUCCUCUUCCUUGCAUUCCCGUAAACCUACCGUCGCCCAUCCUGCAAUACAGUUCAAUCUAGGGACCGCGCCUGCCAAUAACACCUCGCUUAAUCUUGCCUCUCACCACUACCACUACCACCACCUCUACAGCCAUACGAGAACAUCUCGAUCCGCCAUCAUGGAGGUCCUCCUAUCACAGGUGACCAAGCAGGCCAUGAACUAUGCCAUCAGGACUGGCAUCACAAUCACGAGCGGCUAUGCUAUCCGCCAAGCUGGUCGUCUUCUCAGGACUGUCGAGGGCCAAGAGAAAGAGGAACUCGCUGCCCUGCGCCUGCGCCUCGAAUCCAAGAUCAGAAUUAUAUCGCCCGCCAUUGACAUGAUCGAGCUCAUAGCAGCUCGCGGCAACACUUCUCUGGAAUCUGCCGUCACCCUAACCAAGUCUUUACGAUGGGAAAUCCAGUCUUUGGGUGUCCGCCUUUCAAAAGCCGUGGGCGAGGCUAAGUUGGUUCAGAAGGGUUCUUCAAGAGCAAGCUCGGCUGCACAGAAUGAUCUUGAAUUGAAACUCAUCAUCUCGGCCAUGAAAAAGCUCCUCACUCGUAUCGAGGAUGCAGUUCCGUUGAUCAAUCUAGCCAUAACCACCUCCGGUGUCAAUCUCUCUACAUCCUUGCCGGCAACCAUAUCACCAUCCCGGCUCCUUCAGGCCAGCACUUUUCUCACCGCUGGUGAUACUCAGUACAACAUGACCACCCCGCGGGCCCAGCAAAUCGGACCUUCAUUCACUCUCUCCAUGUACAUGCUGUUUUCCGGCCAUGCAUAUCGCCCACAGGACGAAAACGGCGUUCGCGAGACCACAUGGAAAGAAGUCAUGCACAAGGCCCGCGUCACGAUGCUCAGGGUACCACUAAAGCAUGAUGCAGAGAAUCAAAUUCCGUCCGAAGGCCGUCGGCAUGAAUUCGCAUAUCAAUUGCUGGUAUUGGAGGAUCUGGACGACGACCGUGUACACUCCUACGAAGAUGGCGAGCCACAACCCGGCCCAUAUGAGGGCGUUGCUCUCGCUGGAAUACGAGAAAUCAUACCCAUUCACGAGAUUUCCAAGAUCUUCUACGCGGACACCGGCAAGAUCCUCAACAUCGGCACAGACGGGGAGUCCAACAACCCAAUUCUUCUACUGAAACGCGACGUCCAAGCUCCACCUCCUAGGCGUAUGAUGGAGCACAGUGCUGUCGAGGAGGGAUAUGAAUCAGAAGGUUCACAAACUAUCGGCGGCUCCGAUGCUGGCUCGUUCGAUGAGGAGCAGUCCGAGCUGGAAGCGCAAUUCCGACGCGAAUCAACACCAGCCCUCCCUCACGAGGAUCCAGCAGUGGACGACCAACCCGCCCUUCUUCCCUGGCGACUUCCCCCUAAUCUGGAUCUCGAAUGGAUGGCCUUUGAAGUUUACACCGAAGAGCCAUCCAGCGAUUCCGACCUCGACGAAACCGAAAUAGAUACACAAACCUCAACACCAUCACCCGUACCCGCACCAGCCCCAACAACCCCUCACCCUCCCUCAUCCACCGAAUCCCCAGGCCUAACAUCCUACUUCUCGAAACUCAACCUGCGCCCCUCAACACCAAAAGGCACAUCGACCCCACCGAUCCUCUCCCCAACAAACAACCCAUCCUCAAGCCAACUCAUUCCCUCCCCAACAAAACACACCACCUCGAGCCCUCGCCCCCAACCCCCCUCCCCACCCGCAAUCAAAACCUCCCUCUCCCUCCUCGAGAUGAUGAUACGCCUAACCGCCCUCCAACAAUUCCAACAAGACUCCCACCUCGCCAUCCCAGACGAGCUCCUAAACUUCUUUCUCGUAGACAGCAGCACCGUCGGCUCAGGCAACGACGCGGAACUGCGUCGGCGCGUCCGCAGCGAAGCCCGGCGCCGCGUCGGCUUCGACCCGUACGACGAGAGCCCCAUCAAGCGCCGCGGCGAAGACUACGUCCGCGACCACGCCGACCACCACGCCUCUCCGAACAACGAAGACGCCGGAAUAGAGACGGAGAGCGACAGACCCUCUUCUUCGUACGACUAUGUCAGCUUCCCCCACGGACGCGCGUACUCGCCUUCCCCUUCGCCAUCCCCCUCGCGCACCCCGUCUUCCUCGUCCAUGUUCCCCUCGUCCAGAUCGAGGUCUACGCACGAUGCUGCUGCCGCUUCUUCUUCGUCUGCGAGCCCGUUGCUGCGCCGCGCCAUCACUGCGCAGCCUGUUCUUCGCGGUGCGAAUACUUCGCGUGGGCUCCAGGCGUUUGGCAAUCUCCCUACUGCGCCGCCGACGUCGAGUUCGCCGGGGUUUGCGCACGAGGGAGAUGGGGUGGGAUUGGGGUUGGGGGUUGGGAGGGGAGGCAGUGUGCCGUUGGAUACGCCGCCGAGUAGUGCUCGGAGGGAAGGCUGAGGU